AUGACAUCAAAACCAGCAAUCUCCGCCCUCUACUCCUCCCCCCAACCACCGCAUACCUCCUACACAUUUCGUCAUGAAAUCGCCGCACCAUUCCCUGCCGUCGACAAGGCGCAAGAAUCCGUCGCCACGAAGAAGGCAUACCUGUCCGAACUACGUGGUCUCGUUAUUCUAGUGCAGGCGGAGGUAAAUGUCUUUUUGACCGAGAGGAUGGAAGAAGAUAAACAACGGGCUGGCGCAAGCAAGGAUGCGGAGCAGGAAGCGAAGGAGGAAGAGAAUUACGGGGAGGAAAAUGUUGAAGAUGAUGCCUAA